CGAAACCAGAUUUUUUUCUUUUCUUUUGAACUAACUAAAACCAAAGGGCGUGGUGCUUGUAUUGUGUAUUGUAUUGUAUGUGGAAGAAAGAACCUGUUUAUUUUGCGCCACUCGUUUUUAUGCCUCACCCUCUCUUUCUUCGCUUCGUUCUUGUUCUUGUUCUAGUGCUACUCCUUUCUGGUGUUACUGAUUCUGGUUGAUUCGUUCAUGUCAUUGUGUAUGGGUUGAAGAAGAAAGAAAGGGAGAUUUUGGAAAUGGAGUGGGAUAGCGAUUCCGAUCUAAGCGGAGACGACGAGGAGGAAGUGUUCGUCCUCAACAAUGAUGCCGAUUGUCCUUUCCCUUUCCCUUUCCCCUUCGAGAACCUUCUCCAAACGUCGCCGUGUGGCUUCGUCGUCACCGAUGCUCUCGAGCCCGAUCACCCUAUCAUAUACGUCAACACCGUCUUCGAGAUGGUCACCGGCUACCGUGCCGAGGAUGUCCUAGGUCACAACUGCCGCUUCUUGCAGUGUCGAGGUCCGUAUGCCAAGAGAAGGCAUCCGUUGGUGGACUCAACAGUAGUUUCAGAAAUUAGAAGAUGCCUUAAAGAGGGGAUUGAAUUCCAAGGUGAAUUGUUGAACUUCAGGAAAGAUGGAUCUCCGCUGAUGAACAGGUUGCGGCUGACACCUAUAUAUGGAGAUGAUGAGACUAUAACACAUGUCAUUGGAAUCCAGUUCUUCACUGAGGCAAACAUUGAUCUUGGCCCUGUUAUGGGUUCUACAAUUAAGGAAUCUGCUAAAUCAUUUGAUCGAUUUCGUUCUGUGCUAUCCUCAUUGCAACCUCUUCCAGUGGGGGAUCGGAAUGUAUCUCGUGGAAUUUGUGGGAUAUUGCAAUUGAGUGAUGAGGUACUCUCUCUCAAGAUACUUGCUCGAUUAACUCCUAGAGAUAUUGCAUCUAUUAGCUCUGUCUCUAGGCUAUUGUAUGAGCUGACAAAAAAUGAAGACCUUUGGAGAAUGGUGUGCCAAAAUGCAUGGGGCAGUGAGACCACACGUGUUUUAGAGACUGUGCCCGGGGCAAGGAGACUUGGAUGGGUUCGGCUAGCAAGGGAAUUGACCACUCUUGAAGCAGCAGCAUGGAGUAAGUUGACUGUUGGAGGUGCUGUUGAACCCUCACGCUGUAAUUUUAGUGCUUGUGCAGUUGGUAAUAGAGUUGUUCUAUUUGGUGGUGAAGGGGUUAACAUGCAACCUAUGAAUGACACAUUUGUAUUGGAUCUCAAUUCUAGUAAUCCUGAGUGGCAACACGUCCAGGUAGGCUCUCCUCCUCCUGGUCGUUGGGGCCACACGCUUUCUUGUGUUAAUGGUUCUCUUUUGGUUGUAUUUGGAGGCUGUGGAAGACAGGGCUUGCUCAACGAUGUGUUUGUUCUGGAUCUUGAUGCAAAGCCCCCAACUUGGCGGGAAAUUUCUGGAUUGGCACCUCCACUUCCAAGAUCAUGGCAUAGCUCCUGUACUCUAGAUGGUACUAAGUUGAUAGUUUCUGGGGGAUGUGCAGACUCUGGAGUACUCUUGAGUGACACUUUCCUCCUUGAUUUGUCAAUGGAGAGGCCUGUCUGGAGAGAGAUACCAGUGGCAUGGACCCCGCCUUCUCGUCUGGGUCACACAUUGUCUGUUUAUGGUGGUAGGAAAAUACUGAUGUUUGGGGGUCUGGCCAAGAGUGGGCCCUUGCGUUUUCGUUCGAGUGAUGUAUUCACGAUGGAUUUAAGUGAGGAGGAACCUUGCUGGAGAUGUGUAACAGGGAGUGGAAUGCCUGGUGCUGGAAAUCCUGGGGGCAUAGCUCCUCCUCCUAGACUUGAUCAUGUGGCUGUUAGUCUUCCAGGUGGGAGAAUUUUGAUAUUUGGCGGGUCUGUUGCAGGUCUUCACUCUGCCUCUCAGCUUUACAUCCUUGAUCCAACCGAUGAGAACCCUACAUGGAGAGUCCUUAAUGUACCUGGAUGCCCUCCGAGAUUUGCUUGGGGACAUAGUACAUGUGUUGUUGGAGGGACAAGAGCUAUUGUACUGGGUGGUCAAACUGGAGAAGAAUGGAUGCUUAGCGAGCUCCAUGAACUUUCUUUGGCAAGUUCUGUCAUCUAGAUCCAGUGAAUAAACACUGCUGUAGUGAAUGGAAUGCUAUAUGGCUCCGCAUGAAGUUGUGAAAACAUCUUGAGUAAAAGAUGGCGGGGAAGGACUUAUUGGUCACUGAUAGAUAACUUGACAAGCAUUGCUCUGGUCAGAACGUGUGUAUUAAGUAGUUUCUACAAUGCAUUUGCUUGUAUGGUUGGUUCUGGCUCGAGAAGAACUUCUCGACCAGUGACAUGAGACAAUGUUUUUUGUAAGGUUGUAAGACUUUGCCCCUCAGUACCCACAGUGAAUUAUUCUUCCCGAUUAGAUUAGUAGUGGUAAUGUAUUAGGGUAGUUCCUCACUUGAUUUGCCAUGUGUUUUUUUUCUUUCAAAUUCUGUAAUUUAAAGCACGACAGGAGAGAAAAAAAGAAAAAAUGUAUGUUCAGUCACGUUAUUAGGUCUAUUAUAUUUUACGGACGUCUUUACUAUUAAUAUAAGAAAAAAUGUGUCUCCAUAUAGAUUUAGGUUCUUUUAGAGAG